AUUUAUAUUGGUUGCUACUCUUGGUCACGUGACUUUUUAAGGAGCAAAUAGCAACAACUGUCAUGGCGGAGAUCGCAUUCCACAAACAGUAAACAGUCAAUAUGUAAGCUACCUAGAUGAUGAUUCCCUCCAGUGAUAGUGAUUGUACACCAUUUUUCAACACUAUCUCUAUACAGGAGUAUAAAGUUAGGAAGAAUUAAAAUUUAUCAGAAUAUUGAAUUUUCUGGUUCUUUGUGCUUUUAAAGGGAUUUGAAAGUAGUUGCAUGUAUUAGGGGGAAAAAAAUACGAAUAAAACAGUGAAAAUGAAUCGGUAUACAGUAACGAAGCAACUGGGAGAUGGGACUUACGGAAGUGUUUUGUUGGCUACAUGUAUCGAAACAAAUGAAAAGGUGGCCAUCAAAAAAAUGAAGAAAAAGUAUUACUCUUGGGAUGAAUGCUUAAACCUCAGGGAAGUUAAGUCUUUACGGAAGCUCAAUCACGCAAAUAUUGUGAAGUUGAAGGAAGUGAUCAGAGAGAAUGAUCAGUUGUUCUUUGUGUUUGAGUUUAUGAAGGAGAAUCUCUAUCAAAUGAUGAAGGACAGGUGAUCUCCCCUCCCCUCUCCUAUUGUUAAAGACAUCACUUUCUUCUGUCUUUCCAAAAUUUUGUUUUUAAAAAAAAAUGGUUUCUUCCAUCGUGACUUGAAACCAGAAAAUUUGUUGUGUUCAGGGCCUGACUGUUGUAAGAUAGCAGAUUUUGGUCUCGCACGUGAAAUCCGAUCUCGUCCACCUUAUACAGACUACGUAUCAACAAGAUGGUACAGAGCACCAGAGGUUUUGUUACGGUCUACAAAUUACAACAGUCCUAUAGAUAUCUGGGCAGUAGGUUGUAUAAUGGCAGAAAUGUAUACAUUGAGACCACUGUUUCCAGGAAGCUCGGAAAUAGAUGAAAUAUUUAAAAUAUGUACAGUACUAGGAACCCCAAAGCAGGAUGAUUGGGAUGAAGGUUUUAGACUCGCCUCUGCAAUGAACUUCCGAUGGCCACAAUGUGUUCCCCAGAAUCUGAAGACGUUGAUACCAAAUGCCAGUCAAGAGGCUAUACAUCUUAUGAAAGACAUGAUGCAUUGGAAUCCACACAAAAGACCUACAGCAAGUCAGUGUUUAAGAUAUCAAUAUUUUCAAGUUGGCCAGAAUCUUGGUACAGCCAUGCCAUCCCCUGCUCGUCCACCCGCCCAGCCCAUUCACUCACAACCAUCAUACAAGCCCCCAGAGAAACCCAGUGUACCGUCCCCACAGCAUCACAUGACAAAUAGACCGUUCCAGGAAAAGCCCACAAUACCUAACCAACAACAACCAAUGGUGCCAAACUAUGCUCAGAAACAGCAACAAAACCAGGACAUGGAUGAUCCUUUUCAAAUGUCUGUAACAAAGAAGCAAAGUGCAAGAAAACGUUGGGGUGGUGGAGUGUCGGACACAUGGGAUGAUUUCGAUGACCUAGAUUUCGGUGUUCCACGUAAACAAAAGGCGGCACCAGCAAAACCUUUGCCAGGUAUCGGUGGUAAACGAGAGGAUAAGAAGGAAAACGCGUUUAAUGAUGACGAAGAUGAUUUCUUAGCGUAAGUUAAUAGUAUUUUU